CACUGAUAGGGUGUGUGUUGCUUCCCAGAUUCCCCAAGCAUAGGAAAAGCAGUCGCCAGGGAGUUAUGGAGCAAGACAAUGGCACCACCCAGGCUCCAGGCUUACCACCCACCUCCUGCGUCUACCAUGAAGAAUUCAAGCGACUGCUGCUACCCCCAGUAUACUCAAUGGUGUUGGUGGUCGGCCUGCCACUGAACAUCUGUGUCAUCGCCCAGAUCUGCGCAUCCCGCCGGACCCUAACCCGCUCAGCUGUAUACACCCUGAACCUGGCACUGGCAGACCUGCUGUAUGCCUGCUCACUGCCCCUCCUUAUUUAUAACUAUGCCCAAGGGGACCACUGGCCCUUUGGAGAUCUUGCCUGCCGCCUUGUACGCUUCCUCUUCUAUGCCAACCUACAUGGCAGCAUCCUGUUCCUCACCUGCAUUAGCUUCCAGCGCUACCUGGGCAUCUGCCACCCCCUGGCACCCUGGCACAAACGUGGAGGUCGCCGUGCUGCCUGGGUGGUAUGUGGAGUCGUGUGGCUGGCUGUGACAGCCCAGUGCCUGCCCACGGCAGUCUUUGCCUCCACGGGCAUCCAGCGCAACCGCACUGUCUGCUACGACCUGAGCCCACCCAUCCUGUCAACUCGCUAUCUGCCCUACGGCAUGGCCCUCACAGUCAUCGGCUUCUUACUGCCCUUCACAGCAUUACUGGCCUGUUACUGUCUCAUGGCCCGCCGCCUGUGCCGCCAGGAUGGCCCAGCAGGACCUGUGGCCCAAGAGCGGCGCAGCAAGGCAGCCCGUAUGGCUGUGGUCGUGGCUGCUGUCUUUGUCAUCAGCUUCCUGCCUUUCCACAUCACCAAGACAGCCUACUUGGCUGUGCGCUCCACGCCAGGUGUGUCUUGCCCUGUACUGGAGACCUUCACUGCUGCCUACAAAGGCACUCGGCCUUUCGCCAGUGCCAACAGUGUAUUGGACCCCAUCCUCUUUUACUUCACACAGCAGAAGUUCCGGCGGCAGCCGCAUGAGCUCCUACAGAAGCUCACGGCCAAGUGGCAGAGGCAGAGAGUCUGAGGCUCCAGGGCUGGUCCUGAGGCACUGGCUGCGAUGUGUUUGCCAUUGGGGCCCAUGGUGCCUGAAGCUUCCCCCCACCAACUCCAAACCAUACAGAGAAACAAAACUUGCCUCAACAGCCAGGGUCUCCAGAAGUCCUAUGUCAACCACAAAACUAAGACACCUAUGUUUCAGGGACUGAUCUGGUCAUGCUUGUUAUCCCAGACUCAGAACGCUGUGAGGGAAGGAUAACAAAUUCCAAACCAGCCUGGUCUGCAUGGUGAAGCCCUGUCUCAGACAAUCAAGGGUUGGGACUACAGCCCAGUAGCACAUGCCUGGAGCGUGCUGGGCCCUGGGAACCCCUAGCACUGUAAAGUCCAACAAAGGUCUUCUCCCCUGACCCUUUUUGUGUUUACAAUGUGGAAGGGACUAGCAUCAUGCCCGUGAGGGCAAGGUCCCUUCUGUAUGGCAAGAAGCUGGAGAAGCUCACAUUCCUAUUCGUUUGCCAAGACUUUUUCAUAAGAAAGAGAAAUAAACAUGUUUUUG